AAGUCAGACGUGUAUUUCUUACGUCAUCAAUACGGCAAUGCAAUCUUCCGGUCAGUUUCGGUUCAUGGGCACACUUUGAUCUCUGCGCGUUAUAUUUGUUGAUAUUAAACCUACUAAUGAAUUUGACCGAAAAUGUCGUCCAACUUAACGUUAGACUUGGAUAACAAUCAACGUUGUUCCAUGAUGAUGGCGGAAACGGACUUCUCCAUCGACCAGGGAGGCGAGUGGGACAUCAGCCUUUUUGAUGAACUUGACUCCCUGGGAGAUGCAGACGAUUUGUUCAAGGUCCUUGAAAAUGCAGACUAUAUAUGCGGAGGUCCAGACCUUAACUUUGAUAUUCCCAUACCUGCAUGGACAGAGAGUGACUACUCAAGCACCGCCUGCACAGACGGUGAGGUGAGCGUGCACUCUCUGUCACCUGCUCACACCUUGAGCUCCGCCUCCUCCCCCACAGCUGCCGAGGCGCCGUCCCCGUACUCCUUACACGAUGAGGCCUGGUCUCCGCAGUCGCAGCCUUCCCCAGUGUCGGUGUGCUCCGAGUCCAGUGGGUUUUCUGAAAUCUCUCCGCCGGCGAAGAAAGCACCAAAGAGGACCAGCCAGACAGCACGAGCCAAACCCGCACCGUCAAGCAACAGGCCCAUUCAGAUGAGCACAAAAGUUUCCAUCCAGCCCAAACCGGUGAUUGCAGCUGUGCCCUUGGCCCACGCGGCCGCCCCCCUGCAACCCAAGACGAUCAUCCUCCAGCCCCUGCAGACCACCAUGCUGCCUGUGGUCAAAGCAGCUCCUAUCAGCAUCCAGCCAGCGCCCUCUCCAGGCCAGCCUAUCAUGCUGUCACAAUCAAGCCAAUUACUACACAUCAAUACCUCCCAAGGUGUCACUGGCGGCGUGGUCGCCAUGCCAACCCUGAGCCAGGACAUGACUGUCGUCGCGCCACCAGUGGCCUCGCUUCGAAGCCCUUCCUCGGACGACGAUUCAAAAUUCUCCCAGAGGCAGCAACGCAUGAUAAAGAACCGCGAGUCGGCCUCCCUGUCGCGGAAGAAGAAGAAAGAAUAUCUGCUGUCGCUGGAAGAGCGGCUAAAAAUGGCGCUGUCUGAGAACGCUGCGCUCAAAAGCGAGAACGGAAACCUCAAGAGGCAACUGGAAGGCCUGCGGGAUGAGAAUUCCCUGCUCAAGGCAACGGCUCCCAAGAGACGAGCGGUAUGCCUCAUGGCGGUCCUGCUCUUCCUCGCGCUUAACGUCGGACCAAUAAGUCAACUUCAGGGCAACUCGGGCUCCGGGCUGGAGCUUGUGCCGGCGCAGCACAGCAGACACCUGUUAGGUUUCUCCGACGGCGAGGGCCCCGAGCCCGUUGGGAACGCCGCCGCCGAGACGACCGACAGUGCUGAAGGCAAGGCGCUGAUGGUGGUGAAGGAGCUGAACUUCCUCAGGCCGCCGCCCUCCUGCCUGCCGCCGGUUAAUAGGACCAAGUGUUUGGAGCUGGCCCACGAGUUGAGGGGCUGGGUCAACCGUCAUGACUUGCAGCUGACCAAAUCCAGGCGCAUGAGUAACAGUCACCUCAGACCCUCCAGGAGCAUUCUGAAAAGUGAACAUAAGGAUGCCGAGAACUCCCAAAUUGUGACUGUUCCAUACGCUGAAACUGCCAAAGAAAAGACCCCUGGCAGUGAGCUCCAGGUGUACUACAGACCCUCGCACACGUACGGCGACUUCUUUGCCGAGAUGAACCGGCGAGGCGACACCUUCUACGUCGUGUCUUUCCGCAGGGAUCAUCUUCUACUUCCUGCCACCAGCCACAACAAAGGAAGUCGCCCUAAGAUGUCUGUGGUGUUGCCUGCUAUGAAUGUCAACGAUAGCAUCAUCGGAGACAAGGAAUUCGAGGUGAUGAUGCAGAUCGAUUGCGAAGUGACCGAUACCAGGAUCCUCCACAUCCGAUCAGCCACCAUCCCGCCAACGCUGCGGGUAAACCGCACGCAAACCUUCUACCAGCAGGAGGCUCAGCCCGCCCCUCCCGUAGGUGUGCUCAUGGGGUCGGCCUAAACCCAGCGGUAAAAGCAAAACAAAAAGACUGCAAGCAAAAAAAACACGGGCCGCAUUCUUUAUCGUGGCCUGAAGGAGGUCUGGAUGUGUUAGCGCCUUGUGUAGCUGCACUGACUUCCUUCCCCACAUAACCUCAGACGUCCCACGCACAGGUAAUUGCUUAACAGCAGGGGGCUGAGCAGUGAACCCUGAGUCACCCCGUCGCAACACAAAUGCACCAGAACAGCUCUUUCCUCAAAUCCCACUUGCUCCUCAUUUCUCGAUCAACCGAUCAAAAGAAUAAUACUUGUUACAUCUCGACUUUUUGCUGUAAGAUUUGGUUUCAUAAAUUAUGAAUAAGUAUCAGAGAAGAUUGCGCGCAGCUAUAUACCGAAAGCUCAGGAAGUGGUGUUCUCUCACAUCUACGUACAUUUUCUACUCUUGAUGAAGAAUGAACUGAUGAUCUAUGUAUUUAUUUUAAUUGUUCUAAUUUUUGACAAAAAUCUACGUUUGCAUUUCUGUGUCUAGUUGUAUUGUGGAGAUUUGUUUUAUGUAUUGAUAUUUUUUCAGAUGGAUUUAAUGAUUCCAGGAGGAGUCUUUGGGGGUAAAAAUAGAAGAAAAAUAUAUUGCAGUAUUUGUAUAGUGCAUUUUUUGGAUUUGAAAUAAUCGACAUAUGUCGGGGUUAUGAAUAAGGAUUUUGUAGGAGUAGCUGCAUGCUUAUUUUAACCCUGUAUUUCGUUUUUAAACACUGAGUGUAGAAAUACAUUUUGAUUCCCGCGAUGUCACUGCAAGCCAAUUGUACUUAUGGAAGAUACCAUUUUUUGUGAAUAGCCCAAAAUAAUAAACACUGGAUUUUCUGUAUGUAUA